UCUCUAUCUCACGCUCACAGCCAGCCCAUGGAGCAUAGGUGAGCGCGAGACGAGCAGACUGACCACCUUGGCCCCCCAGUCUCGACUCGUCGCUGGACCUCCCAAGCUGGCGCGGCAAAGACCGGUGGUCCGCACACACACACGGCACCGACACCGACACUGCAGGCCCGCAGCUCGCCGGGACGGAACGCGACGGCCUGCUGGGACAUACCUAGUGCCGUCAGCCUGACUCUCGGGCCUCGGCGUCUCGCAGGGGGUGCAUGUACCAACAUCACCUCCAUCCGCAAGGCAACAUGGGCCUCCACGGGGGCUCGUGGGAGAAUAGAGGAGACUGGGACAGACUCGACGAGGAGCCGUCGCCGGCUGCCAGCCACAAGCGCAAGAACAGCAUGAAGGGGUUCGAAUAUGGCGGCGAUCCUGGGGCUGAGGCAGCAGCCGCAGCUGUCAGAGCGCAUGGCCGGCCAUCAGAGUAUUCAAUGGAUGGUCGCGAGCACGACGACGACGACAACCCGCGAGGCUUGCGGACUGAGCGUGACGGGGACCGGCAGGAGCAAUGGCGCGAUCGCGCGAAGCGCAGGCGCAUCGAGGCGUCGGCAUCGCCGUCGCCUGUGCACAGCAGCCACGCCGAGAGCGCAUCCGAGCGCUACGGCAGCGAUUCCAGGCCCGAUGCCGCCGACAGCGACGGCGCACACGGGCUGCCGCCGCGUCGCUCCUCCGCGCUCGCUUCGUCCUCCGCAACAGCAGCAGCACCUCUGCUCCCGCGCCGGCAUUCAAUCGAGCGCGACGCAGCGCUCCCCCCGCUGCGCGGCCUCGUCGCUUCUGCUUCGGCCGCAGCCUUGUCGUCUGCACAUGCACAUGCUCAUCCACAUGCGCACCACGCCCGCUCCACCUCGACUGACGGCAGCGCUGCCAAGCUCCGCCUACCACCCAUGCUGUCCAGCUUCCCGGGACGCCUGGACCCGCACGAUGGCGCGCCGGGCGACGAUGCCGAGCAUGAGCGCGUACCGUCGAUUGCAUCGUCGACCAGCUCGCUGUCGAGCAUCGCACGCCGCCGCGGCGACAUUGCGCAGGCCAAAGCGAGUAAGCUGAGCAUCAGGACCAGUAAAGACGGCGGUGACUGCCACCACCACUCCCACCAUUCUACUUCCCUCGCGCACUCCCACUCCAACGCACACGCCCACCACCCCGUUGCGACGCCAGCUGCGGCGCCGGGCCGUGCGCGCCAGGACUCGCACCGGUCCAGCGGCUCGGACGACAGCGCCGCUGCGACCGCAUCUGCCGCGUCGACCAUGCUCGGCAUCCGCAACACUGACGGCGGCGCCGGUGGGGUGACGAUGAUGGUCGCACAUAGCGCGCCGCCGUACAAGACGACGUUCGCGGAAGACACCACCCCUCAAGACGCUUUGUUUCCUGCUACACAGCAGCAUAACUAUCACCAGCACCAUUUCCGCAACAACAACAACAGCAGCAGCUACCUUCGCCACACUGCAAACAACCACCGCCAGUACGGCUGGCGCAUAGUCAGCCACCCCGCGGGUGCAUACGGCACGCCGGCGUCGUCCAUUCCGCUUGCCACGGCGGGCCGCACGCCGCCGAGUGCCGCGAUGCUUGCUGCGGCGGCCGCCGCCGCGGCUGCCGCGGCCGGAGCGGGAGCACCGGGCGCAGGCGACGCACAUCAUCCCCACCACCACGUGCUGCCGCCCCCGCCGCCGACUGCUGCGAACACAGGCGGCAGGUACGUCGGCCCGAUCUUUGACAGCAAUGGCCGCCUCCCGCCGACGCCCAAAACCGGCGUGCAGCUGCCAUCCACGUCGUUGGCGGCGUCCAAGCCGGCUGUCCGGCCGCUGCUGCCCAGUGGUGCGGCCGCAGCUGCGAACGGGGCGGGUAUCAGCAACGGGCCGACGCCCAUGCUGACUUCGGCGUCCGCGGGCCCCGGCCCCGCUUCGGCAGCUGCAUCGCUGCUCUCGCGCGGAGCCAGCGCGGGACAGCCGGUGCCCGCGUCUGCUGGACUCCUGGCCCGCGCGUCAUCGUCGUCUUCGUCAUCGUACUCGUACCAUGGCAACCCGCCGCACUCGGCGGUGCCGGCAUCAUCCGCCGGCGCUGCGGAGGCACACGCGGCGAGCGCGGGUCCCUCGUCGGCGGCUUCAAAGCAGCAUUUUGUCGGACUCUUCGCGCAGUUCUUUGACAGCGUCGCGGACAGCCGCGCGCUGCGGACAACGUUGGAGGACCAGGUCGGGCGCAGCAACGCUUUGCUGCACACGCUCCAGAGCAGCACGCACUACUUUGAUGAGCUUCUUGAUCACAGGCUGCGCGAGGAGCGCGUCUACUGGGCGAGCAUCAUCGAGCGCUUGGAGACUCGCAUCGCUCAGCUCGAAGGCAGCGGCGACGGCACCAACGCCAACGUGAGCGGAAGCGGAAGCGGGUUGAAACGAGCCAGAGGCACUGCGGCGGCGGACAAGGCGAAGGCUCCUGCAGCAGCGCCCUUUUUCUCAUCUGCUCCAUCGCGAAAGAAGGAGCCGCCGGCAACAGCAGGAGCAGGAGCAACAAAAAAUCGACGCAGCCGAGUGUCGCCGUGCAUGACACCGCUUGGCACAUCAGCAGAGCUGCCGAGUGACUCACAUGCACCACCUCCCUCCGCGAGCGUCACGCAUGCCGCCUUCGGCUCAGCAGUAGUGGCGGCAGUAGCAGCGGCGGCGGAAACAUCAAGUGUCACACCAAGUGCAGCAGCAGCAGCGGCGAAUGGAAGCGAAAAGCCCUCCCCGCCGGUUUCACGCUCCAGUCUUGGUCAGCCGCAACCUUCGCCGUCUUCAUGGGCACACAGCCACAGCCAGCAUCAGCAUCACGCAUCAAAGUUGCCGUCUCCGCUAAGUGUAGCACCACCAGCAGCAGCAUCAUCGUCAUCGGCAGCAGCGGUCCACAAGUUUCUACCGCACCACCAUCACCACCACUCCGUCGCUGGUGGCGCGUCCCACUAUUCCUCCACUUUGACAUCCCAGCACUCGCACGGCAGCGCCUACCCCGAGAGCUCUUCGCGCGGCGGGCCGCCGGUGCAGAAGCAGCAGGCGUCAUGAUGCGGACCUUUUGGUGGUGACACGCAAGGGAGGUCUUUCGCAAUAGCUCGUAAAAUACGGUGACGCCCAAAUGCAUGCAUGUAUAUGCAUUGUCUUUUUUUUCUUUGCUGGGUAUCAAGGGCAGAUGCAGGACGCGCUAUUGUACGAGCACAAGUAUGUAACCCCCCCCCCGGAUUUCAUUCUUUGUCCUUUUUAGUAACCGCGCAUGUAUUGCAUAUCACUUUGAGACCU